UUUAUUUGCAAAUCACUUCCCCCACUGAACCGGGGCGCUUUCAUUCCACUUGGUGUUUGAUUCUUCCGCCUCUCCACGACUGGAUGAUCAUCUCCGUCGCGUCGUCGCCUGCUUGUCUGUUUCAUCCAAGAAGGAGACGGGGGGAGGGGGAUUGCUUCCAUGAAAGCUCGACUUGUUGUCUUCCCCAUCCGGGGGAGGAACUGGUGCUUCGCUAGAGCUGUACAACAGACGCCGUCAGGGCCGGGAUCAGCCAACGAAUCGCUCACGCUGCGCGACCUCUGGAGGCAAAUCUCUUCUUCUCGGGGUGGGGUUGUUGGGAGAACUGAACUCGUCACCGAUUUCGUCGCCCAUAAGAUGGAUCGUGCAUGGAGUAACCUUGCAAAAGCUCCUGCUGGAAGUAUGAAAUCGAAGAUAUAUGGGUUUGGCCAGCGAUUGUUGGCACGUGUUCAACCAUCAGAACUAUUUCUUAAAUCAAUAUCUAAGGAAAUUACAGGGCUGCAAAUUAUUUUUCCUAGAAGCCUAAAUCCACGUCUAGUGCGUAGGAGGUUACGACAUGCGGCAAUCACGGGAAAUGUGUAUCACAGGAGAUUCUUUUAUGGUUCAGUUUCAAUGCUUCCAUUUACAGCUAUAUUCACUGUUUUGCCUUUACCAAACGUUCCAUUCUUUUGGAUAUUAUUUCGUGCUUAUUCUCACUGGCAAGCACUUCAGGGCAGUGCUCGGCUUCUCUUACUAGUUUCAGAUUGUUCAGCAUCAUGGACUUCGGUUGCCACCAAAAGGCUCAGACAUGAAACUGAGACCGCCAGCAGUCAUUAUCCACUGCAGCCACCUUCUUGUCCUUGGGUCUUGGAGCCAUCCGGGGAGCUUGAGAAAGUUCUCGUUUCUGGGGAUUCUAAUUCUUACGUCAGCAACUGUACUAUUUCUGCUAUAUGCAAAGCUUUUGAAUUGGACGAGAUGCAAGUGCUAAAAUUUAGAGACUCCAAGUCUGUAUGAAAUUGUUUUUGAAGUGUAGGGAGAGAGGUCUCCCCUGUCCACUGCCGACGCAUUCAUCUUUUUUUUUUUUUUUCUUUUUUUUCAUGGGGGGAGAAUGAGUUGGGGAAAAAAGUUGGGUGGUGAAAGGGUUGAUGAUGGCAAAAUUUACCAUGUUGUGGUGGUGAACGGGUAGAGGAUGGCAAUUUUUUCCUUGUUGUAAUAGCCGUCCGGGCGUCAUUUGAUGUCUUCCUAACUCGAACUGCCAAGAACGUCCAAAAAGGGAAUGAAUCUUAAAAUGAGAGUUUCCUUUGUUGAAUAAUAUCUUCAAUUCUGGAAUUA